UUUUCAUUAACACAUAUUCAAGGAGCCAUGGAACCACUUUAAAUAUCUUUAGCAGCUUUUUUUCUUUCAAUUUUUUCAAUUUAGGUUUGCAGGUAUUCUAGCUGAGUUCAGCAGGAGAUGAUGGAUCCAAUUCUUGACGCUGGCUUUAAUAAAACAGACGAAUGGAAGCCACUUGGCUCUGGGGGAUUCAGCAUUGUCUACAAGGCCAGACGAAAAGGCAUGGGUGAUGUGGCCAUUAAGAUAUUUCGUGGUGGUGUAAGCCCCUUUUCCCCUCAAGAAGAGGCUAGACUUAUGAGUAAGGCUUUCUCUACACAUGUGGUGCCGUGUUAUGGAAUGUAUCAUGGAUGUCCUCCUGGAAAAAAUGUCAUGCAAGACGGAAUAGUGUUGGAGUUCAUGAAAAGAGGAUCUGUUGAGAACCUGCUGGACCUCUCUGGCCGUCCACCAUGGCCCCUGGUCUUUCGCUGGGCCUAUCAAGUGGCUCAGGGCCUGGAGUUCCUCCAUUUCAACGAGCUUAUCCACCAGGACCUUAAGCCAAGUAAUGUACUGCUUGAUGGUGACUUUAACGCCAAGCUUGCAGACUUUGGUCUGACAAGAGUUUCUGCCAGUGUUGCGAAAAGCAACACAGACACAAUGGAAUGGAGUGUAGGCACAUACCAGUACAAACCUCCUGAGGCUUUUGAAGAAAAUUACGAACCUGUUCGUGCUUUUGACAUAUACAGUUAUGGAAUCCUGCUCUGGUCCAUUGUUACUGGUAAAAAGCCCUAUGGAGAAGCUUCAAGACAACGUGUCAAACUGCUGGUCUGUGAGGAGAACGAAAGACCUCCCUGUAAGGAAAUUGAGAUGAAUGUAGACGGGUUGGAAGAACUGAUUAAACUCAUGAAGAGGUGCUGGAAACGCUCUAUCGACGAGAGGCCUAAGUCUGAAGAGUGCCGUGAAAACACUGAGAAACUGUACAAGUACAAGUACAAGUACGAGGAACAAGUACAUGAGGUGGUCGCUCAAGUCGUGAAAAAACUGGAUUCAAAAAACAGUCUUCAAGAUUCAGAAAUGAGUGUGGCACACAGUGUUCCUCUUCAGACAACAGAACAGGAAAAGUCAAAUGACAUUGUGGAUUUUGGCAAAUUGGACAAACCUGAAAAGUCUUCAAGACAGGAUUCUGUCAGUGGCUCUGAUGAAGGAAUGAGUAAUAAAGAUCAACAGGUCCCUAAAGCCACUAAGGAUGUGCUUUCAAAGCACAAGAAGCAAGUUCACGAGGCAGUCUCUCAAGUCUCAACAAAACAGGACCCUGUCAGUGGCUCUGAUGAAGGAAUGAGUGAUGAAGAUAAAGCAAACUUUGUUGAUAAAAACAGAACAAAGCUGAUAAGAGGUGUUUCCGAGGCAAUGGCGAUAACAGAUGAACUUAAAGAACGGGACAUGGUCCACCCUGAAGCCUACUCAAGGAUUAAAUGUAAAGUGACAAGCUAUGAUAAAAUGAGAGAGCUUUAUGACUCUCCACUUCAUUCAGGAGGGGUAGUGGUCAAAGCAGCCUUCUACGACGCCCUCAAAAGAAAUCAUCCCACACUGGUCUAGAGCCUGUAGUGGAUUUCAUCCUGAUAUAAUGGUAAAAAUGGAGUGUCAAAGAUGUUAAAGACUUUCCUUCGCUCUCCUCCGACACUGUCAUUUUUUAUUGAUAUAUUUUCAUAAAUGUAUAAUUUUUAUCUAUCUGAUUUGUUUGAUAUUUUACUACUACUACUACACUUGGUUUACAGUCAUGGAUGUAACAUAUAAACUGUCUAUAAAAUAGUAAUUCUGAAAUGUUCUUAAUAAAUAUGU